ACUUGAUGGCGAUGCGGCUUUCAAACUAAAGCUGCAGGAGCUUCGGUUAGUAUAUCACCAUCGUCCUCUCCAUUCUUUCAAGCGUAAGAACAACACUCACACCAAAAAUGCGCUACCGAACUUCUGAUCUCAAUCAAAUCUUCAUGCCUUUGCCAACUCACACUUUUAGAAACACAUCUCACGAACCUAUAUGCUCUCUUAUGUCCUAAAUUCUCAUCCUCGAUCCCAAGCGAUGAUGAAACGAAACCACAUUCCCCCUUAUCAUUCAGAUCGGAAAUGGCUCAUGCCCACCAUUACAGGUUUUUCUCUUUUUUUCAUCCUCCUGGUCACCUUUCGCGCGCUUAGCAAAUCUUCUUCGGGUUCUGGAUCUUCCUACGACGGACCCAAUUUCACCCGUUUCGAUCCAAACGACGCAUUGGGGCUUCCGGUUUUGCCCAGAUUUGCGUACUUGAUAACAGGUACCAAAGGAGAUGGACCACAGCUCAAGAGGAUUCUUCAAGCAGCGUAUCACCCCAGGAACUACUAUAUGCUGCAUCUUGAUCUCGAAGCUUUGGAUGCUGAAAGACUCGAGCUUGCCAAGUAUGUGAAAUCUGAAGUUGUUUUUAGCGAGUUUAGGAAUGUGAUGGUGGUAGGUAAGGCAGACUUGGUUACUUACAAGGGUCCGACGAUGAUUGCUUCUACCCUCCAUGGAAUUGCAAUGCUUCUGAAGCUUAAAAGGGAUUGGGAUUGGUUUAUUAAUCUAAGCGCGUCUGAUUAUCCUCUCAUGUCACAGGAUGAUCUUCUACACAUAUUCUCAUUCAUUCCCACGGAUCUAAACUUCAUAGAGCACACAAGUAGUAUUGGCUGGAAGGAGAGUCAAAGAGCUAUGCCUAUCAUUAUAGAUCCAGGCUUGUAUCAUUCAAAGAAAUCUGGUGUUUAUUGGGCUAAGGAAACAAGGUCUGUCCCAUCUUCUUUCAAGUUAUUCACAGGUUCUGAAUGGGUUGUCCUGACAAGAUCGUUUCUAGAGUUUUGCGUUUGGGGUUGGGAUAAUCUUCCUCGCACUCUUCUGAUGUAUUAUACAAAUUUUGUGUCAUCCCCUGAAGGCUACUUUCAUUCUAUCAUCUGCAAUCACAAGGACUAUCAGAACACUACUGUAAAUCAUGACUUGCAUUACAUAAAAUGGGACAACCCUCCAAAACAGCAUCCUAUGUUGUUGAAAUUGGAACAUUUUGAUGACAUGGUUCAAAGUGGUGCACCUUUUGCUCGAAAGUUCGCCAAGGACGAUCCCGUUCUCAACAAAAUUGACUCAGAAAUCUUGAAGAGAUCAACCGGACAUUUUACACCUGGAGGUUGGUGUGUGGGCUACUCUGUGCUGGGCAAAGAUCCUUGUGCACUUCAUGGCAAUCCAGUUGCACUUAAACCCACUUCAAGUUCAAAGAGGCUUGAGAAACUAUUGGUGAAACUGUUAGAUUCUGAAAAUUUCAGGUCCAAACAGUGUAAAUAACUAGGGAAAGAAAUUAAAUUUUCUACCCAUAUCCUGUACAGAGUUUUUUUUAUUCCUUCCCGAGAGAGACAUGAGCAUACGAAUGAAGCUUCAAAGAAUGGCCUCCAGGGGAGAUUCAAAGGAGCAUUUUUCAACCAUUAACACAGGUUGUGUAUAAGUCGUUGGUAAAAAUGUAAUUUAAGAUUGAUCGAAACAAAAUUUGGGGGAAGUCGAGCUCAAGCUUAACCAAAAUUGAUUCUUCCUCAUGGGCAAAUGAUGGGCCCAUGAUGAAUGCGCUGAUUGUGUAUCUUAACUCAUUAGCUGUAAGGAUUAUGUAUUGUGGGUUUUUCGUACAAUUUUACCACUGUUUAUGGCUUAGUCCAUUAGACUUGUAUUUGUGGA